GAUUUCUAAAAACACAAAAUUCACAGAGAGCAAUAAAUAUUCGGGAUCCGACAAAGCAGAAGAUCUUCGGCGGAAAAGUAGUGGAGAGAUUUAAUGAGUGACCCAUACAAAUACAGUCCCCUUUCUCCCAUUUCUUGCUCAUAAAAUCCCCUUGAGGAGCUGCUCUACUAAAAAAAAGGCGAUUUUUCGAAUUAGGGUUUCAAUCCAUUUCAGCUAUUGCUGUUUAGUUGAAGGAACUUUAUCACCCGAUGAUGAUUAUGCUCAAGGAUCAGGCGUUCUAAGGUUUCAUGCGAUGGUAAAAGAGCUUUGAAAAUGUCGGUUUCAUCGGUUGAUAGUAUGGCAUCGUUAAGCAGCGAUCUUUGCUAUGACAUAUUAAGGCGCCUCGAUGGUGCUAAUUUGGCCAUUGCAGCCUGUACUUGUGCUGCGUUCUCGUCUAUCUCGAAAGAAGAGAGGCUGUGGGAAGACGUAUGCUCUUCCAUGUGGCCUUCGACGAACAGGAAUGAUGUCAAAAAUUUGAUCUCUUCCGUCGGCGGCCUUAAAAAGUUUUACGCCGAUUGUUUCCCCCUCAUAGUAAACAAGGAUGUGCCCGAGUUUCACUGCAACGACUACUACGAUUACCCUCAAGAAUGGACGGAAGCCGAUUACUACGGCGACGAGGACGAAGUCGAAAACAUUUCACCGUCCGAUUUCGUGUCGAUUGUGGAUAUCCGAUAUAGAGAGAAGACAAUUUGUUCGAAAGUCGUCUGGGGCAUUCCCUACGCGAAUGGCUCUAGUGGUUGGUUCUACAAUUGCCCUUUCCGUCUCGAUCUCCUUGCGAAUUCCGAGCAAGAAGCAGACGACGUCGUGCUCUCGCUCUCCGACGGCCUGCCUCCGAGCUGGUCGAUUGAUCGAGAAAGAAAAGACGGGAAGCUCUGGCACGAGCUUCGCGAUGGAAUCAGGCUCAGCUGGAUUCUCGUCAACAAGAAGACGAAAAGGGCUGCGAACCUCUCGAGCUGGAGCCCGAUCGGAGGGCAGAGACAUUGGCCCACGGACAACGACUUCUUGAUACGAUUCGGCUCGAUUCUCCCCGCGAAAUACAUCCUCCCGUGCCAAGUGGUGGAGUGCAUCCUUAUCAUGAAGUUCAAAGUGGUCGCGUCCGACAACAGCUUGACGUCUCUCAAACUGACGGAGCUGAGCAUGCAGCUCGGGGACAUGGAGGGCUCUCACGUCAACGGGAGGAACAGCUUGCUCGUUCUGAGGGAGGCGCUCAACUGCCCGAGGAGCAAGAACUACAGCGAGGUGCUGGAGUCGUGCCAGUUGUAUUCGAGAGUGCAGAGUGAGCUAAAGGAGGAGAAGAUGAGAUAUGAGAACAGGUUGGAUACAAUGUGGAUUUUGGGAAGCAUUGCUGCUUGUGCUACAUUUUGUUUAUACUGUUUGUGAAUAUAUGUAUGUAUAGUUUGUAAUUUCAUCUUUUCAUCUUCAAAGAGUUGAUCAAAUGUAGCAAUAUGUUUUUGGUUUUCUUGUUUUA